AUGGACAACGACAUGAAGAAAGACGCCGCGGCACUCGAAAGGACCGGCUCCCAGACGGGGGCCCUCAACGGCAACGGCAACGGCAACGGCAACGGGAAUGGCGACGACGACUACCGGCUGGCCCAGCUCGGGCACGCGCAGGAGUUGAAGAGACAGUUCUCCCUGCCGGCCCUCGGGGCGCUCUGUCUCUGCCUCAUGGCAACCUGGGAGGCUCUGUCGACCGUCAUCGCGCCGGCCCUGCUGAGCGGCGGCGCGCCUUGCCUGUUUUAUAAUCUCAUAGCCUCCACCAUAUGCACCGUCUGCAUCGCUUCCUCGCUCGGGGAGAUUGCUUCGAUAUACCCGACUGCCGGAGGCCAAUACCACUGGGUCGCAGCCCUCUCCCCGCCGUCGACCCGGUCCGCCGCCGCCUUCACCACCGGCUGGGUCUCCGUCGGCGGCCAGGUCGUCCUGACCUCCUCCGCCGCCUUCGCCGCCGGCCUCCAGGCCCAGGCCCUCAUCGUCCUCAACAACGACGGCUCCUACGCCCCGGCCCGCUGGCAGGGCAUGCUCUUCUACUGGGCCGUCCUCGCCUACGGCAUGGCCAUGAACAUCUGGGGCCACAGGCUGCUGCCCUCCGCCAACCUGAUCGCCGGAGUCCUCCACGUUGUCGGGUUCCUCGCCAUCCUCAUCGUGCUGGGCGUCAUGGCCCCCAAAAACAGCGCCUCCUUCGUCUUCACCGAGUUCGUCAACUCCAGCGGCUGGGAGAGCGACGGCGUCUCGUGGCUCGUCGGGCUCAUCAGCGCAGUCUACCCCUUUCUCGGCUACGACGCCGCCUGCCACCUCGCCGAGGAGCUCCCCAACGCAAGCCGUAACGUGCCCCUCGCCAUGGUCGGCAGCGUCGCCAUCAACGGCCUCAUGGGCCUCGUCUACGGCACCGUCCUCCUCUUCUCCACGGGGCCCCUCGACGCCCUCCUCGCCACCCCGACCGGCUUCCCCUUCAUGCAGAUCUUCACCGACGCCACCCGCUCCCUCCCGGCCGCCACCCUCCUGUCCCUCCUCAUCGUCCUCACCGCCGUCGCCGCCACCGUCGCCGGCAUCACCUCCACCUCGCGCACCCUCUGGGCCUUCGCCCGCGACAGGGCCACCCCCUACGACCGCCACCUCGGCCGCGUCGACGCCCGCCAGCAGAUCCCCGUCCACGCCGUCGUCCUCGUCACCGUCCUGCAGAUGCUGCUCGGCUUCAUCUACCUCGGCAACACGACCGCCUUCAACGCCAUCCUGUCCAUGGCCAUCAUCGGCAUGUACUCGAGCUACAUCGCCCCGAUCGCCUACAUGAUGGCCUACGGCCGCAGGACCCUGAAGCCGUCCGACUAUGGGCCCUUCAGGCUCGGCCCCGUGCUCGGCCCCGUCCUGAACGCCGUCAGCCUCGUCUGGAUGGUCGUCGUCAUCGUCUUCAGCACCUUCCCCUCGGCCAUGCCCGUCACGCCGCAGACUAUGAACUACUCCGUCGUCGUCAUGGCGGGAUGGCUUCUUUUUGGCGUCGUCUACUACGUGUCCUUUGGCAGGCACAAGUUCGAGGUGCCAUCCGUCAGCAACGUCGUGACCGGUAUCUCCGUCUCCGCGGAUGUUUGA